AUGGAAGCAGAUCUUUUGGCAGUGGAAACGUACGCACAAGAUCGGCGACGAAUUGCUCGCGACCCUUACGCUAUCAUAGCAUUGCGUCAUAGCCACAAUACGAUAACCAUCGUAGUGACCGUAUUCGCCAAUGAAGCGUUAGGAAGCACCUCAUUAGGUGGUGCUUCAUCAUUACCUCAUCCAUCCGAGUGCACGCCAUUUGAAAUGCGUGGACCACCGCCGGCAUGGAUGCCGCCACAUCCACCCGAUCGGGACCACGACUAUGAGAAUAACUAUGAAGAUCCGGAAGAUUGUCGAGAACGAGGUAAGGUUGGCUAA